AAUGAGAGAAGAGAAGGAGAGAAAGGGGGGGGGGGAAGUGUGGCUAGCAAGAGCAUGGCGAAGACUAGGAGGAGGACAUCUCCCACAACACCAGCACCACCAGCACCACCACCACCAGGUCCUUCCAGGAGGAAAGGCCCUGCUUCGGGUGGGAGGAAGCCUUGGGCGACCCCAGCAAGCCAACCCUCCAAAGGGGCUGCAAAGAAGCAACAGCAGCAGCAGCUGUCUCCACUGCCUCCUCCUUCCAAAAGGAAGGCGGUGGAAAGUGGGGCUGGAGCAGCCUUGAAAGGCAAUGGUGCUGGAGGUGGCGAUGAUGAUGGGGAAGAGUGGUGCCCCCUGGCACUGGGGUCCCAGAGGGAGCGCUGGAUCCAGUUCCAGAAGCGCCAAGGGGUCAGCUGCGAGGAGGCGGCCAAACUCUUGCUGGACACUUUUGAAUACCGAGGGCUGGUGAAACACACAGGUGGCUGCCACUGCGGAGCCGUCCGCUUUGAGGUUUGGGCUUCGGACACCCUCCAUAUCUUUGACUGCAACUGCAGCAUUUGUGUCAAGAAGCAAAAUAAGCAUUUCAUUGUUCCUGCCUCACAUUUCAAACUGCUGAAGGGUGCUGACAACCUCACCACUUACGCCUUCAACACCCGCCGUGCCCAGCAUACCUUUUGCAAGACGUGUGGCGUCCAGAGCUUUUACACGCCCCGCUCUAAUCCAGACGGCUAUGGAAUUGCUCCACACUGCCUGGACGAGGGCACCGUGAGCAGCGCCACUGUGGAGACCUUUGAUGGCAAAGAGUGGGAAAAGGCUGUGAACGCUCAUCCUACAAUCAAGAACAUGUCGAAACCAUGAGACACCUGAUCCCAGCGUCGUAGGUACUCCAAGAUAUCCAUCUGGAAAGCAAUUUCUGUUCCAGAUAUGUUUAGGAAAUAAAGGCUGUAUUUUUGUAAGAUA